GACUAUAGUGUGUAUCGGCCUCACAGGUCAACUAGCUUUCCUGGAGAGUACUUUUUAUCUGAAAAUCUAAAUUUUUAUCAUUUAGUCAAGUUUCAAGAAUGGCUCUCUUGAUUAAAAUCAUCAGUGCGACAAACGUUCCCGAUAUAGAGACAUUGGGGAAAACAGAUCCAUUUGUUGUCUGCGAAUUUAGAGGCUGUAAAGAUAAAACAUCAGUGAAAGAAAAUGAUUUAAACCCUGUUUGGAAUGAGAAUGUUCGCCUUGAAGUUGUACCAGGUCCGCUGAAAAGCAAUGAAAACAUUACGAUAAAAUUAAUGGAUCAUGAAAAGAUUGGCAGAAAUAGAUUAGUUUGCCAAACAAAGUUGGCAGUGAAUGCUUUGAUGCAGAAUCCGAAACUUGAAAGAAAUUUGUUAAUGAUGGAUAAAAAAAACAGAAAAACAGAUUGCUCGGUAUCAAUUCAAAUACUUUAUGAAGCGCCAAUAUCAGCUGAGAAGAAUAUUGAAAAUAAUGAAACAGGCGACGUUGUUGACUCUAGACAAGAGGAAGAUAAUGAACUGGCAGAUGAAAAUGACACAAUCGAAUACGACUCACGAGCUGAUAUGAAUAAUAGUAUCACCAAAAGAAAAAAACCAAAAAGUAGAAAAAUUCGAGGCCGCUUGUCAAAUAAAUCUCAAGACUUUCAGAUUCGGAUUAAAAUUAUUGAAGGACGUCAACUACAAGGAGGAAACAUUGACCCAGUAACCAGAAUUACCUGUUUUCAACAAACGAAACAAACAAGAAUAAAGAAGUCUACAAACUCACCAUUUUGGAAUGAAGUAUUUUUUUUCAAUUUCUUUUGUUCGCCCGGAGAGUUGUUCGAUGAAAUAUUAGACUUCCAAGUUUUUCAUUCUAAAAAGUUACGAUCAGACUCUCUUAUCGGAAACUUUAAGUGUGACAUAGGAAUGAUUUAUGAAGCCCAAGAUCACUCUCUUAUAAAUAAAUGGUUACUUCUUAGCAACCCUGAAGAUCUAAAUUCAGGGGCCAGCGGUUAUAUUAAAAUUUGUGCAACUGUUCUUGGACCAGGUGAUACUGCACCAAAUUUUGAUCUAAAUAAUGAUGAAGAAGAUAUUGAGUCAAAUUUAUUAAAACCGUCUGGAGUGCAUUUGCGACCGGCAAAGUUUACCUUAAAUUUAUACCGAUGCGAAGAUUUACCAAUAAUGGAUUGUGAUUUGGUUGGAGACGUAAAGAAAUUUUUUGGCUCAAAACAAAAAAAAGGAGGUAGAGUCGAUCCAUAUUUUGUUUUUUCUUUUGCCGGAUCAGAAGUUAGGGAUCGUCUAUCUGACGAAGACACAAUUUGUACAACAUUCCUAAGAUUAUCAGAUAUUUCAAAGCUGGGAGAUCUUUAUGGUUUUCUGCCAACGUUUGGGCCUUCAUUUGUUAAUUUUUAUGGAUCACCUAGAGAAUUCAGUUGUCUUGGAAAUAAAUAUGAUUACAUGAACGAUGGAAAAGGCGAAGGAGUCUGCUUUAGAGGGAGAGCUCUUCUUGAGUUAAAAAUGGCAAUUGAAGAGAGUCCAGACGUUCCAUCGCAAGAAAUUUCCCAAGAGAGCUUGUACAAUGUUGAAAAAUUUAUGGCUCGUCGGAAGUUUAAGCUCAAUGCCAUAUUUUAUAAUGCUUCCCUGAUAUAUAUCGAUGAUGCUCCAGUGGAAUUCGAAGUUUCAAUAGGAAAUUACGGAAACAAAUUAGAUGAAACUGUACCACCAAGUGCAUCAACAACACAAAUAACAAAUCCUGUUUUUGAUGGAUCUUAUUACCACUUUCUUCCUUGGAGUAGUACAAAACCAUGUGUUUCCGUAGACUGUCAUUGGGAAGAUAUUUCUUUCCGAUUGGAAAGCCUUAAUUCCAUUCUUAAGACAUUGCAUAACCUAGAGUCAAACCUCGAACAGAUUAGAAGAGCUUUUAAAGCUAAACUAAGUGAAAGAGAGCUUGCACAGUUGAUAAUAAUAACCCUUGAUAGAGUUAUUCUUGAUUGUCAAAAGCCCUUACCAGACAUAAUAAAAGGACAGACAGUAGAAAACAACUUGGAUCGUGAAAUACGAAUUCACAGACAGAGAGUAUUGACAGAUGUUAGAGAACAGGCUAUUACCCUAAGAAAGACGGCAGAUAAUCCAGAACAAGCAAUCAGCGAACUUGAGGACUAUUUUGAACAACUUAAAAAUAUAGCCUUAGAACCUCAAAGUAGUAUUCCUGAUAUUAUUAUAUGGAUGAUAUCAGAUAAUGAGCGAAAAGCCUUUUGCCGAAUUCCGCCCAACGACAUAUUUUUCUCUCCUAACCCAGAUUAUAGAGGAAAAUAUUGUAAUAAUUUAGAAACAAUUCAUUUAAAAUUUCCUGGUGAGAAAAUGGAGAAUGAAAAGCGAUUUGAAAUACCAGCUCAACUUAGGUUAAAGUUGUGGUUUGGUUUGGCUAGAUAUGAAAGUUCCUGGACUGACAAUCAAGACGGUGAAAUAUCACUUUUUGCAGAAACUUAUGAAAAUCAAGUAAAAAUAAUGAAUACAUGGUCUGGAAAAUUUUCAACUCGCCCAUCAUUUUCUGAUAACAACGGGAAAGUAAAGCUAAAAAAGGAUGAUUUUAUAGUGUCUGAUGGUUGGUCAUGGGUUGGUGACUGGUACAUAAGUCCAGAGCUAAGUAUGCUUUAUGAUAAAGACUCUGGCCACAAAAGUUAUAUUGAAGAAGUUUAUGAAUUACAAUCGAGAACUAUUGGGGGUAAAUGGAGCCCUGACCAAAACAGUCCUUGGAUCGAUGUGAAAGGAGAUAAAGCUGAAGGAAAAGAAGAUGUCGUCCUAUCUGACGGUUGGGAAUGGAAAAAUCAAUGGAGCAUAGACAAAAACAAAGCAGUGGAUGAUGAUGGUUGGGAAUACAGCAUUGAGAUAUCUAUAGGUGGCUGGGGACCAGUGGAAAAAAUGUAUCAUCUAUGCAGAAGACGAAGAUGGAUGAGAACUCGUGCAUUCAGUAAAACACAUACUCAGUCUAAAACUGAAAAAGCGAAAGUAGAUUCUGAAGGAUGGGAAUAUGCACCUACGUUUACUAUGAAAUUUCAUCAUGUAGAAAGGAAGCUAGACAUGGUUAGAAGACGACGGUGGCACAGACAACUCAAAAAUUCCAAAAACGAUAAACCCUGCAUAUUUUCAUUUAAAAGCGAUGAGGAAAAGAAAUCAAAAGAAAAACUGGCAGCACCAAGAAUGUUUUUAAAUUGCAAAGAUCCAUUUGCUCGUGUUUCUUUCAUGAAUUAUUCCGAUGAAACUAAAAAACUGGAGAAAACUCUUUGCCCAACUUGGGAUCAAACAAUUAUAUUUGACAACAUAAUAAUUCAUGGUCAUCCAAGUCAAAUAAAUAAUAAACCACCUUUAAUAGCAAUAGAAUUCUUCGAUAAUGAUCUGAUAGGGUCUCCUGAAUUUCUCGGUAGAUCAAUGGCGACACCUCAAGUUAAAUUAAAAGUUGACGAGAGCUAUGAACCAGUGUCUUUACAAUGGUUCGACAUAAGAAAAGGCAAUCAAGAUGGGGAGUUAAAGGGUCUUUCGCAGAUGGAUGGAAAUAUACUACCCAGUACUCCACCAAAAAUGGGCGACAUUUACACUGUUCCCCCUGAAGUUCGUCCAGAGCUUCAACGUACUGGUAUUGAAAUAUUAUGUUUGGGUUUGAGAAAUAUGAAAAAAUAUCAGUUUUCAAACGUAACCUCUCCAUCUAUUGAAUUUGAAAUUGGUGGACAUGUUCAAAAGUCACCAGUGAUAAAAAAUAUUAAAAAAAACCCGAAUUUUCAAGAGUGCACGAUAUUUUUCGAUAUAAUGCUUCCAAAAGAAGAGUUAUAUCUACCGCCUUUGAAUAUAAUUGUUCGAGAUAAUAGGCAAUUUGGAAGAAAGCCAAGAGUAGGAAUGCAUACGGUUUCUUCUUUUGAGAAAUAUCAAAGAAAGUAUCAGAAUGAUCAAAACCUUUCUGAUAUAAAUGAUGAGGAAAGUGCUGUUUCCGACGAUUCUGAAACGAUUAUCGUUGGUAUGACCGGUAUACUUAACACUGCUAUGGAUACAAUUGAUCAACCAAAACUAUAUUCAAAAAAACAACCAUUACUGUCAGCAUCCUUUGAAGAAAAUAUAGCAUCAUUAAAUGUACAUAAAGAAAAACAAACUUCCGAUGAUGAUCAAUCUUUGAACAAAAACGAGGUUCAACUGCAUUCUCUAUUUUUUGAUAAACUUUCCAAAAAUAUAGUUAUCUUGCAGUAUUUCGAUUUAUGGGAAGAAAAUAUAGACUGGUGGUCGAAGUACUAUGCUUCUCUUGGUGACUUGAAAAAAGCAAAACAUUACUUGGAUUUAGGUUACAGUACCAUUGAAAUAUAUACUACCGAAUUGGAGAAAGUUCCUAUGUUUGAAAAGUUUACUGACUAUUGUGACACUUUUAAUUUGCAACAUGGCAAAAAUCUAGACGAAGAAAGCAGUACAGCUGGGCAAUUUAAAGGAAAUAUUUUUGUGUAUCCAUUACCAAGUAAUCCAAAUGAAGAGAUACCAGAGAAAGUUCUAAGCAAUGUUCCCGAUUUUAGCCCGAAAGAAUACUUAAUACGAAUUUAUGUAAUUAAGGCAUUUGAUCUUCAACCUAAAGACUCAAAUGGAAUGGCUGACCCAUAUAUAUCCAUAAAAAUUGGAAAAAAGAAAGUCAAUAACAGAGAUUCCUUUAUUCCAAAUUCUGUUAAUCCUACUUUUGGCUGUCUUUUUGAAUUAAAAGCAAAUAUACCAGUUGAAAAAGAUGUUAUUAUCAAAGUGAAAGAUUUUGAUUUAGUUUCAAAUGACGACGUUAUUGGAGAAACAACAAUUGAUUUAGAGAAUCGACUUUUGAGCAAAUACAAGACAACUGUAGGUCUCGCUAAGACCUACUGCACGUCUGGUCCAAACCAAUGGAGAGAUUCUCUGAAACCUACUGAUAUACUUAAAAGCUAUUGCAUUUCAGCAGGCUUAAAUGAUCCUUUGUUUUCAAAUUCGAUUGAUAAUCCAACAGUUGAAAUCGGACAUAGCACUUUCCAAUUAGGAAAUUUUGAGAAUUCUAUGAUCCUUCAUAAGCAUUUAGGACCACCUAAAGAACGAUUAGCUCUUCACUUGCUACAUUUUUUGGCUGAGAAAAAGAAGUUUUUUUUCGUCCCCGAACAUGUUGAAACCAGAUCCUUAUAUUGUCCACUUCAACCCGGUAUUGAACAAGGCAAAUUACAACUUUUUGUUGAUAUGUUUCCCCUUGAUAAUGGAGUACCUCCAGCAUUAGACAUUACAUCACGCAAACCAAAAAAAUUUGAAAUAAGAGUUGUAAUUUGGAACACGAAAGAGGUUGUAUUAGACGAAACAUCUAUAACUGGUGAAAAAAUGAGCGACAUUUAUGUCAAAGGAUGGAUAAAAGAUAUUGAUGAUAAGCAAUCGACCGAUGUUCAUUACCGAUCAUUGGACGGAGAAGGAAACUUCAACUGGAGAAUGGUUUUUCCUUUCGAUUACAUGCCGGCUGAAGAGCUUGUGUGUGUUAAAAAGAAAGAUCACUUUUGGAGUUUAAACGAAUCAGAAAUUAUGGUUCCCCCAACUCUUAUUCUUCAGGUCUGGGAUAAUGAUAAUUUUAGUAGCGAUGACUUUUUAGGAACACUAGAGCUAAAUUUGAAUGACAUGAUAAAGCCAGCAAAAUCACAACGUAAAUGUAAUAUUGGGCAAUUGAAAACGCAAAAUGAUGUAGAAAAACAACAAAAAAGAAUUUCACUUUUCGAGCAAAAGCGUUUAUCCGGCUUUUGGCCAGUAUAUAAUGAAAAAGAUGGUAAAAAGUCACUGUCUGGAAAAAUCGAAAUGCAGAUAGAACUCUUAUCAGAAAAGGAAUUUCAAGAUUGUCCUGCUGGUCGUGGUCAGGACGAACCGAAUCAAAGGCCUAAGCUUGAAAAGCCCAAUCGACCAGCUACAUCAUUUUUAUGGUUUACUUCACCUUGGAAAUCUUUAAAGCAUAUAAUAUGGAAAAGUUACAAGUGGGUGCUUCAGUUAAUUCUCUAUUCAAUUAAAUCUUUAUGA